AUGGCCAUGGCACUUAUGCAUGCUGUCCGUUCAAUUCAAAGACGUAACAUUGGACCCAGUUAUACGAAUAUUGCUAUCAUGGGUACUCAUGUCACACUGGUCGUAAGUGACAUUUACAAUAUCACUGAUUUACAUCAAUAUGUACUUAGACGCUUGCGAAUAUUCGCUAAUUAUACUAAGGUCAACGGUGAAUUUGAAGAAUACAAUAGUCCAAGUUAUACGGUCGUUGCCUUGGAAGAAUUAGAGCGCCUAAAAAUGCAUGCAGUUGUAACCGAAGCUCAACAGCUCGCUUCUCGUUCAUAUCGUACGAUGCUGGGUGACGGACAUGUUAGAUUUCUCAAACGAUCUUUGAGAAAUGAAUUGGAUUCGCGUCUGCCGCUACCUGUUCCCAACGAUUUGAAACCAAGUUUUGCAUCAAAUAUUACUAUACCGCAUACGGUGACUAAUACAUAUACCAAAGAUGUUUCAAGUACAAGACCAGGCUUAGUAGGUACCACGUAUCUGGAUGUUUCAUGGACGGUUGGUAGUAUUAAUUGGAGCGAAAUGUGGAAUCAACGACGACCUCUAGUAGCAUACUGGAGUACCAAGGGCAAAACAUCGUAUUUUCAAUUGCGAUUCUUACAUGAUGGUAAUGAUUUUUCGGAUGCGCAAUUUUUCAGUGUACAGAAGCAGGAUCGAGUUUUGGCUGGUCUAGUGUUGGCAACUGACGAUCAUGACAAGCACAUCAAUUUAGAUAAGAUUAAGAAUGCGACCAUAGUCGCCUCCGAUUGUCGUCUGCGUUUUGGAAUUGGUGGUAGUGAUGCCGCGAAUGCUACGAUAACGAUCCCAAUUGUUACAAAUCCCAUCAAAUUAAAAUUUGAUAAUAUGUCAUUACAAUUCGCGCUGCCAAAUAUACUUUUCGAUAACAAUAGUACUCAAUAUUUCAAUGUCCAAGGAAAUAAGGAUCAAGUCUAUAUUGACUACAUACUCUUUAAUGGUGCUAAACAAACUAUUAAACUGGACACACUAAAAACAGUCAUCGUCAUCGUGACAGUACAGUUUUCUAAUGGCGAGAAUCUUUGGAGUCAAUCAAUGACCACUUUACAAGGUAAUUUCAUGCAAACAAAAUGGCAAGACUUGUGUCUCGCAACACAAACCAAACCAAGUACAAUGGCACAAUUGCGCAAGAUUGUCAACUACAGUUGCCAAUAA